AUGGUGCCAGUCACUACUGGAGCAUCGAAAAACUCAACCGUAAUUGUAACAAAUUUUUCUCAACUUCCCUGCUCGAAAGAAUCUCACUCCGGCUACCGUACCCGUGUCUCUUCUAGGCAGCGUUUGGAAGAUAUGCGUAGUUUCUACAAUGCCGAACUGUCUGUGGUUGGCACACCGUCUGAUCCACCAUAUAAAAGUGUAGCCGAGGGAUGGUUGGCGGCGCUGCAAUUGAAUCCAGCCCGACUCGUGCCCGACAGACAGCGUCUCGAGUCAAUGAGGGAUAUGUAUGAGGCCGACCAGCUCAGCCCAAGUGACGAUCCUAUGAUGGAGGCGUUGAUGGGUACCGAUCCGUUCUACGAUCGCUUCCCAUGGUUCCGAAUGAUUGGAAGGGCAUUCGUCUACCUGAGUAAUCUUCUGCACAAUGUGCCGCUGGUUCACAAAGUAGCCAUCGUCAAUGAGAAAGGAGAUGUGCGUGGUUAUCUGAAAGUCGCCAUUGAACCUGUCAAUCCACAAGAAAUGGAGACGCAGAAGAAGGGCGUUCGCCAGACAGCAAAAUUGCACUUCCGGAGGGAGGACUUCUUGAAGGCUUGCAGAAACGGCGAGAACGGAGAUGAAAGUCAACAGCUGACGUUCCCACCCCAUAUGAGGGAAGAUGAAGAGUUCUGUUUCCGAGUGGUGGUGUUGCAGGCGAUUGACGUCUCCGAGCAGUACUCCGAUGUGUUCUGUCAAUUCAAGUGA